AUGAAUUUUCGGAGAUCACGCACACGAUCACGUCGCAAUUCAAUGAACAUAAUGGUAAGUACGGAGAAAUGGCGAUCGUAUGGAAGAAAACUAUCGCGAAAAGAUAAAGAAUAUCUAGAAGAAGAUUCUGUGGAUGAUUUACCACAAGCAUGUGAGCUCAAGGAUUGGUUUGAAGAAUUCUUUAUGCAAAAUAAUGCAGACAAUGAUUUAUCCGAUCAAGAUGUUGAAGUAAAUCUUACGAAAAAACAAACAUUAGUUCUGUCCACUUUGGUACCUGACGAAAUACUACUUAUGAAAAACUUCAGUACAGGAGACCCGAAAAAAUUCGUCGGCGUAUUAAUGAUGGCUGAUGUUUCAGGAUAUACAGCACUAUCUGAAAAAUAUAAUAAUACUGGAAAGGGUGGCACUUAUAAGUUAACCGUAACAUUAAACACCUAUCUCGGCUCUCUCAUAGAAGUCAUAUAUAGUCAUGGUGGAGAUAUAAUCAAAUUUGCUGGAGAUGCAUUUUUAGCUCUUUGGAAAACUGAUAAUCGAACAUUCCUAUGUCAUACGAUUCACACUGCAAUUAUGUGUGCCCUCAUAAUUCAGCAUUCCUUUGGAUCAUAUGAAACUGAUGUCAAAGUAAAUCUUAAAGUUAAGUUGGCUAUAUCAGCUGGAAAUCUAAUAUUCGCUCCUAUUGGGACUGGAAUAGAUAUGAACUAUAUAAUCAUUGGCUUACCUGUUAUCGAAGCCAAAGUCGCUGAAAGUCUAUGUGCUUCAGGAGAAGUAAAGUUGACACCAACUGCAUGGGGACACUGCUACUCAAGAAAUUAUGAUCACUUCAUCGACGGUGAUGGCCAUGUUACGAUAAAAUCCAUUCUCUAUGAUCCACGUGAAAAUGAUGUAAAUAAGCCUUUUUCUGGUUUUGGAUCCAUGAUCAAACAAGCCAACAAAUCAUUUAUUACAACCGAAAAUCUUCCAGACUAUCUUUUAGAUCAAGCGCCUAAAGAAGGUACUACAAUUUCAAAAGCGAAUGAGUCAUUGAUCUUACGUAAAACUAUAUUAAUGGCAAAAGAAAAAAAUAUAGGCUGUGAAAUAAGAAAAUUUAUGAUAAGACCAGUUCUAACACAAAUCGAUGCACAUCAACCGUUGGAAUAUCUGACCGAAAUGAGACAAGUUUCCGUUUUAUUUGUAACCCUCAAACCUAGGGAUUGUCCCUUCCCACAACUAAUUACAAUAGUUAAUAAUUCUUAUCAAAUAACUUGUGAAAUCGUUUACAAAUCUAUGGGAUGCGUGAAUAAAAUUAUUUUAUUUGACAAGGAUAUUAUGAUAUUAGUAAUUUUUGGCUUGCGAGGAUUCAAGCACGAGUCAGAAGCACAGGCAGCUCUAAAAUGCGGGUUUAGUAUAAAAAAAUCCGUUUCAGCUCUUGACGGUGUGACUGAAGUAUCCAUUGGUGUGACUACUGGUCAAGUAUACUGUGGAGUAGUUGGACAUCCGUUCCGUAGAGAAUUUACCGUUAUUGGUGCCACUGUAAAUAAGGCCGCUCGUUUAAUGUGUGGUUUCCGCAACAAAAUUACAUGCGAUGAAGCCACAUUUGUCAAAAGUAAAAUGUCCAGUAAUGGAUUCACUCUUCAACCACCAACUGAACUCAAAGGUAUAGUUCAACCAGGAAAAAUUUACGAAUACACCGAAGAAAUUAGAGCAAAAGAGUUACAUAACAUACCCUUGACAUCCCCAUUACUAAAUCGGUGCGAUGAAAUGGAGUAUUUCGAAAACUGGAUCAAUGAUUAUCAUUUAUCAUUUAGAGAUUUUGAUGCACUAUUACUGAUAGGGGAAAGUAGAAUAGGGAAAACUAGACUUCUACAAUGGAUGGCUCGAUAUGCAAAAAACAAAGAUCUUACUGUCUGUCAUCUUAGUUUAACUUCAAUACAUUCUGCAACCCCGUAUUUAGCAUUAAAUCAAAUUAUUGAACAAAUGUUAGGGCUCGAUAAACCUAUUAUUGGAUUUGCAAAAGAAGAAAAAAUUGUCAAUCUCUUUAAACAUUAUAGUGACGACUUGUGCUAUUUAAAUAACAUAUUAAAGGUUCGGUUCGCUUACCAUGAAGAAUUUUCUUCUCAGAAUGAGAUUUUACGAAAAGAAAAAGAAAAAUAUUUUUUCAAAAAGUUAAUAUCUUGUUUAUCAAACACAUAUGUGAUAUUUUUAGAUGAUUUACAAAAUUUAGAUGCACUCUCAUGGGAUUUUCUUGCAAUUAUGAUUGAAACUAUCAAAAUAUUUACCGUGCUAACUGUUACUAGAGGAAAAUUUAGCACUGUACACAGUUGGCUAUACAAUGUCUUCAUUAAAAGCAACAUAAGAAAAAUUGUUCUAGGUACAAUCAGUUCUACUUGGAUCAUACCAUUAGCUUGCCAAAUACUAGACGUACAAGCUGUGUCAAAGGACCUAUGUAAUGCUCUUGAAGCAAAAUGUUCUGGCAUGCCUGGACUCGUGGAAAGUUUCAUUGUUCACCUUUUUUCAAAUGGUGCUUUGAAUAUUAAGAAAGUUAAUGAAAAUGAACUAGACCAUUGGCAAGAUGAGAACUUACAAUUUCCAGAUCCUACCUUGCUACGUCCUAUAGCAAUAAAUGCAAACGAUCAAUCUACUUUGGAUCAAUUAAUUGAAGAAAACACUACGGAAGAAAUUUCGAUAUGCUUUGUGAUACAAAAAGAUCAACUUAAUAUAGACAUAAAUGUACAAAACAUAGAUGCUCUCAUUAUGAUGCAGAUAGAUUCGUUAACCCCUUAUCAACAACUACUUUUAAAAAUAGCUUCUGUUAUUGGAAAUGUAAUAUCAAGACAUCUCUUAGAAAACAUAAUGUAUGAAAAUAAUCCUUUAACUACAGCAAAAGCUAUAAAAAGACUAUUUGCAAUGCGUAUUUUGUACUGUGCAAAUAGUAGAUAUAACAAAAUGGCUUCAACGGGAACAGUAAUAUCUAAUUACUCGAUUAGUACAGAUUUGUCCUGUGAAUGCAAUUUUGAUUAUGACUCUGAUGUAAGUGAUGGUCUACCUAAGUACGCUUUUUGUAAAGUAAUGAAAUUCAGAAAUAAAAAUUCGAGAAAAACUUUUUACGAUUUAUUGCCUCUUAAUCAGAAAAAAGAGUUUCAUUUACGCAUUGUAAACUUUUUAGAAAACAAUAACCAAAAAUGUCCUGAUUGCGGCGGUACAGUUAUGAUAGUACAAUCUUUAUUUAACAUACAACCAGAAAUAAUGCCAUGUAUUGAUAAACAAAAUACAAAUGAACAAUACCUUGAAGGUAGUAGUAAAAGCGACUCUUACAUUGAAUGCCAAACUGAUAAAGGAAACAAAAUGCCAUAUAACAGUCAUUCACUUCGUGAUACGAAAUCUGAAUCAUUAAUUAAUAUGUUAAAUAAUAAAAUAGAAUCCAAAAAAGAAAGUGCCAUAAUUUUCGGUGAAAAAUCUACUAAGAGUGAAAAAACAUUCAUAAAUGUCUCACAGUGUGCUCCAAUUUUAAAAGUGAAGUCAAGUUAUGAUAAUAAUACUGACACCCAUAGAAGAUCUACAAAAAGAGUUACAAUGUCAAAUAUGUUUUACAAGAGCGUCAGCUCAGAAGCAUUAAAUAGGAAUUAUAUAUUUGACAAUUUAAGAGGUGUAACAGAAGCCAAAACAACAAAAGAUUGGCAUAAUUUGGGAGUUAUUGAUAGUGAAGAUAAAUUAAGAAUAACUAAAAAUGAAAAACAAAAAGUGUCAUUUUGUAUAAAUUUAGAAAAAGGAGUUUCAAAAACUGACUACAGCAAAUGCACAUGUACUGACAUAAAUAUAAUCAUACUUGAACAACUUAUUCAACAUGCCAAAGAAGCUGAGGUGAAAUUCAAAGUGAUUGAUUUUCUUAUAAAAUACAGCUAUUUCAAUGUUUUAGGGAAUAAUUUUGAAAAUGCACUACCAAAACUUGACGAAGUAGAAAGUAUUUGCCUCGAUAAAACAAUUGCAGACAUCUCAAAUUUUGAUAGGAAAAGAUUUCUAGGUAAAAUAUAUUCUUUGAAAGCUGCUUCGUAUUUAAUAAGUGGUCGACCUAUUAUUGCGAAAUUAAAUAUUGAAAAAGCUGCUAAGAUAUACCACGUGAACUUAGCAAAAAUAACCAAUUUCUUACAAAUUAGAAAUUUAUUUAACGCGAUUAAGUUAAAUCGCAAAAAAAAACGUUUGCAUAACGCACUCAUGCAGGCAGAUUCAAUUUUUUUCUUAAACGUUGCAACUGUGCUGUAUUCCACUCUGGAAGAUGAAGAUACCUCUAGAAUAGCAGCACUUCGCUCUUUAUACCUUGUACAAAGAAUUGAAUGUAGCGUAAUAGAUUUAUGUGAUACAUUAGCCAAUAUGAUCCAAAUGGAGCUCGAUCGUGGAAUGCCGGAAGUAACAGUUGAUCUGGAAAAAAUAUCAUAUAAUUGCUUCGAAAGCUUAAAGCGAUCUAUUAAGGCCGAUGAAAUGUUUGCUAUAGGAAAACUAUUAUUCGCGAUUUUUCGUGCACGUACGGCACGAGGCCAUAUUGUAUCUGCAAUCCGAUCUGGGUUUCGAGCUCUGGUGAUUAGCCUUUUUUUACAUGCAGACAAAAUAUCAAUAGAUAUCAUCCCAGAUUUAUUCUACCUGUUACUAUCAAGGUGCAGAAUUGAAGAAGCAGUGGAAAUUGUGAAAUUAUUUUUAAAAAUAGGCGAAAAUCAAACAACUCUUGAAUGUGAGACGUGGUAUUACGCACUUUCUCUUGACAUGAUAUUAGAUGCAGGUUUUCAGUUAGAAUCACCAUACGAAAUUAGCCGUUUUGCUGAGUUUUCACUUCAUAAAGGUAAAGCAGUAGGUGAAAGCCGUCGUCGUCUUGUAAUAGGUUUAUGGACAUAUUGGUUACGGACAGAUUCUGAGAAAAAAGCCAAACGAUAUGAAACUGAAGCUUUAAAUUGGUCAAGCGGUGACGAUGAAGAUGGAUCAUUAAAAACCAUUAUAAGUGGAAUGAGGCUAGCAGAAGCAAUGUUAGAGAGCUUAGCCAGCAAAGUGGAUGACUUAAAAAAGGUGGUUGAUGUAAUGGAAUUACGUUCGUUAGCUGACCGAGAACUAACAGAAUUAGAAAAAGAUGCACGUAAUUUACGAACAAUUUAUCCAAGAUGGCUUUUGUUAAAAGCAAGUUCUCUAAGACUUUCAGGACGACUGUCAGCAGCCACUGUUCUUUUUAAUCAGGCAAUUGAGGAGGCAAAGCGAAUUAACAAUCGUUUAGAACAAGCUAUGGCCCUUGCAGCUACCUCAAAUUCAAGAUCCUGGAUCCUAAAUGCGCGAUCCGGCAAAUUUUUACAUUGGAAUAUUGCAAAUGAAAUAGCAAAAACAUCCUGGCAUCAUUUACUUUAUAAAAUAGUAACUAAUCGCAAUGUUUAA